CAAAACGCCUCCUUUGCCGUCCUGCUCCCUGGAUUUUUUAUAAAUAGUCUCCAUCUUAUGGCGAACGCCUCCGCCGUUUCGUGAUCAAGAAGAAAUGAUUCCUGCGUCCCGACGGUAGACCCAACGCCUCGAAUUGCCGCCAUUCGUCCGUAAAAUUACGGCUUAUCUGCAUUCAUCUCUCUAACGCCCGCCGGCCUCCUGCUCACAUAGAAGGCUCUCUCUCUCUGCAUCUUUUCAGGUUAUAGAUAGCAUUCUCCUCCUCUCAGGUUCGCAAGUUUUGAUUUCAUUACGAUGAAGCUGCCACACCGAUUCGGUCUUCUACUUCUCUGUUUGUCUUCCUACACCUGGAGCCUUAGCUUUUCAUGGCCCUUUUCGUCUACUCCUUCUCCCCCUCCUCGCACGAACAAGCAAAUUGGCGAGGGUUUUACCGAUAAAGAAUUGAAAAGCACUUUCUCCAUAGGCAGCACUGAUGACGUGAAGGCCAUGAAGCUUUUGGAGAAGGCAAAGAGGAAGCUUGCAACGCCCGACACUUGCUGGCACAGAGCUUACAACCAACUUUUUUCUGGUUGUUCGGAAAUAAUGUCCAGUAACGAGAAGCAAGAAAGAUUGGCUUGGAUGCUCAGCGACUGCUUCCAAGUGGAUUCUGGGAGGCGCGGCUUCCCGUCCUGUGAAGCAACUGGGCCGAUGAAGAAUUGCCUGAAGAGAUUGGAUGAAACAGAGCACAAAGUAUUUCUCGAGUUUUAUCUCGAAACCAACUCAAUCUGCCACCAAUUACAAAACGAUGCGUUCCGGCACAAUACAGAGAGACUUGUCAAUGACCUGGUGAAGGCUGCUCAUUCAGCGGAGGAUAAAUUGGAUAUAAUUGAAGAAAGAUCAGAAGAAUUAUUACGGGAUUCCAUUAAGAUACACGACUCAUUGACUUCGGUGGAGUUUCAGACCCGAAAUUUAGCAGAUUCAUCAAAGGGCGUGGAGACUCAAAUUCGCGACGUUUUGAAAAACUCUGAAGCAAUAUUCGAGCAGUCGAAGGAUAUUUCAGCUUCUCAAAUGGAACUGAGAGACCGACAGAAAGAAAUGAAAGAGAAGAUCGAGUCGGGGAUGACUCUGCUUCAGGAUUCCCACAAGAUUUUGGGAGAUGAUAUGGCGAAAUUGAAGAGUGACACUUCAGAGAUUAACAGGGAGAUAAGAAGAGUUGGGGAUUCUAUGACUUACAGCAUGCAAAACCUUCAAAGUACAGCGGAUGAUAUCGGUAGUGUUACAGGCUUGUCAUUGGAGAAACAAAAGAAGCUACUUGAGGGGCAGGCGGCAGCAAUGGCGGGACUGGAUUUCCUCACAUCUUUCCAAUCCAAAGCUCUUGAAGAGAGCCGGGAUAAUCUCAAAAAAUUAGCAGACUUUGGACACAAGCAACAGGAGGAGCUACUAAAAAGGCAGGAUCAGAUUCAACAGGCUCAUGAUCGGCUAAUCCAAAAUUCACAAUCAAUUCUUUCUGCCCAGGAAGAGUUUGAAGCGAAGCAAGCAAGUAUUUUUACUGCUCUUGAGAAGCUCUUUAUGCUCCAUAAUGCUCUGCUCACUGAAUCCCGCUUCAUUAAAGCAUUCUUCUUCUACUCGUGUGUGAUCUUUCUCCUUUAUAUGCUCACCAGUGCGAAGCAGACUUCCCGCAUCCGGGCUCGUCUCUACUUAGGCCUUUGCAUCACAUUUGUGGUUGAAAUUGCUAUAAUUAAAUAUAGCUUUCUGAACUCCAUUCAUCAAAGUUGGCUAUUGUCAAGGGUGUGGAUGGCAAGAUCAUCAUUCCUAGUUGUUGCCUCCACUCUUAUCCUUCAUUCCAUCUUUACUUUCAGAGAUUAUGAGGUGUUAAAUCACCAAUUGCUGCAACUUUUACUCCAAAAAGUUCAGAUAAUGGAGCAGAACUCAGGGCGCAAGUACUUGUAUCUUGAUUGUGAUGAGGGUGAAACGAGCUGGAGUGGAUAUUCGUGGAUCGAUGAGGAAUUGCAGGAAGAUGUGGAGGAGGACAUGGAGGCCGAUCCUAACUAUGCUUUGCCAGAAGAAGUUGGUGAGAAUUCCAUCAUGACUACGAGCUCCGCAGGCAGAAAAUACUACAAUCUUCGCCCACGAAGAAGAAAAUGGUGAUUUAUGAGCCGUGGGGAGAGAAUAUAUUGCAGGAUUUGUAUUAUUUGUAUGAAAUGGACUAAUAAACUAAUUGCUAAUUUAGUGAAGUUUAUAGUUGUCUUGGACCCUUGGUACAAUUAUAUUUAUUAUGA